AUGGAUGCGACGGACUCGGGGACACCGUUUGGACCGCUGUUGCUCACAGUCCAUGAUGCUAUUUUUGAAGUCGUGCUGGUCUGUUCAGCUGGGUACAUCCUGGCGCGAAAGGGCAUCUUAGACAAACCAACACAAGGUCGGGCCUUCGCAACGGCCGCAGGAAUGUUCAUGAAUUCAAACACGCUGCCCAUAGCCCUCAUGCAAAGCCUGGUGAUUACCGUCCGUUGGAGUUACGGGGUACGUCUUCUGUCCAAAGCGGAUCCCGAAGUCGCCGGAGAAACUUCGUCGGAGCCUGUCCACAAGCCGGUCGCGGAGCCUGUGGAAACGGACAGACUUCUUCCUCAAACUAUGUGCCCCUGCAACGUUGACGAGCCCAAUGCGUCACCCCGCGACGAGGAGUCCGACGACGAUGUGGGCAAUCUCCCGCUCGCCCGGCGCCUCCACACGGAGCCUACGUCUUCGAUAUGGCAGUCGCGCCGUCGACGCUUGGACAAUCGUCUUCGCGAACUGUGGAAGGUCUUCUGCGAACGCAUGAAGUUGCCAUUUUGGGCAGCGCUGGCCGCCCUCGUGGUCGCGUGUAUCUCCCCGCUCCAGCGGACACUGGCACAUAUUGAGUGCAUCCGAGGCGCGCUGGACAUGGCGGGCGAUUGCUCUCCUCCACUGACGCUCGUCGUGCAGGGCGCGUACUUUUACACGCCAGCCACGGUGGCGGUGACGGACACGCGCGCCUGCCUGUUCGCAAGCCAGCGCCAACGCGCCUCGCGGGCUCAAAUUCAGCGCGCACUUCCAGGACCCGGUCCUCUCGGAAUUUCUUUUGAUAAGGACUUACGGGGACGAAGGCGCUCUAGAGGAGAGACGGGGAACGGGGAACGACGGCCGGGAGGGAGCAAGAUAGUCAGCAGUGCGGUGCUGUCGCGAUGGAUCCUCGCGCCGGCCGCGACGAAGGAGAACUGGCAGCCGGUCUUCGAAGAACUGCCUCGGAUGGACGCGUUCGAGCGCCUGCUAAGCCGAACGGUGUUCUGGAGUUACUGCGUCGUGACGCCCUCAAGCAUGAUCGCGGUUGUGGUCGUAGGUUUGUUAUUGACGAAGCUCUGA